AUGUUUUUAACCGGUAAAGGACUGUCGUCGCCGCAUUUAUCGGCUGGGAACCACUUGCCUGGUCAGCGAGAAAACUGCAUUGAUGGCGACCCGUCGAACGCGUUGCCCGUCUUCAUCUUCAUGGUGGCCCAAUUGCUGUUGGGUUGCGGGGGUUCGCCGUUGUUCACACUGGGCACCACGUACAUCGACGACCAUGUCAAGAAGGAGAGCUCUGCCAUGUACAUUGGAUUCAUGUUCAGUUUCGGAGCAUUUGGACCCGUGUGCGGAUUCCUGCUGGGGGCGUAUUUGCUGUCCUUCCACGCGGACUCGUACAUGAGCGACAUGAACGAUUUCCAGAAUGUCGAUGUGAGUGACCCAGGAUGGAUUGGGCUGUGGUGGGGAGGAUUCCUGGUCUGUGGGAUCCUUCUGAUGCUUGGGGCUCUGCCUUUCUUUGCCUUCCCAAAAGAACUCUGGGUGAACUUGACAGCUGCUUGCAACUUCGGAUGCGAAUGUUCAACUAAUGACGUGGAGCCUGUUUGUGGGAGAAAUGGAGUGACUUAUUUUUCCCCUUGUCACGCUGGAUGCACAUCUUUGUCUUCUCGCUACAAUUACAGUGAUUGUGCCUGCAUUCAAGCAGGAGUGAGCGGAAAUGUUACGGGAAUUGCGCCAACGGCGGCUGAUGUGACAGCGAUUCCGGUUGCCACAGCUGGUCCUUGUGCCCCAGUCUGCGACUCUGUCAUGGCGUUUCUCGUGUUGCUGUUCUUCAUGACAUUUGUGGUGGCCAUUACUCAGAUGCCGCUGCUCAUGAUUGUGCUGCGCUCUGUGGAUGAGGAAGAGCGCUCUUUUGCACUUGGCAUGCAGUUCCUGAGAUCAAAUGAAACCAAGCCAGUGCAUCUCCACAUAUGUACUGAUGGACAAAUCAGCACAGAAGAUGUCCACUACAGUGACUCACUAUUGGCCAAUGUGGAGUUUCAUACUGUGGAUGUGUGCAUAGAGCAGACUAGCCAUCUUGGAGUGGAUGUUUCAGUGGCUAUUCCAUUCUUGCGCAAUUCAAAGUACACUGUGACUGCAAAUGGAACUCUUGCAAUGCAGGGGAACUCAAAGAUUCCAUUGUAUCCCAUCAUCAAAACGUUGGAGGACUUUCUUCAUGUGAAGGAUGAAUUAUGGCAUAGAUAUUACCCCAAGUUUGUUGGACUUCAGCACCUUACUCCAGAAUUGCAGCACUUCAAGAGCUGGCUGAUUGCAACAAAGAAGGAAUGCAUCAAGGCAGCAGCCCCCAGGGGCAUUCACAAGUUACUAAGACUCUUACAAGAUGGGAAGGAGGAUGAGGCUGUGGAUAUUUUGAGGUUAGGAAAGCCAUGUGAUGACCCUAGCCCAGAGGAAAGCAUAGAAGCCCACUUUGCCCCUCUGGUUAACCUCACCAGUCAAAUAAAGUUCCCCUUGGCAACUUAUCUCAAGUACCCUGUCAGCAGGGUUGCCAGGAGACCAAAUGCAGAUUUUAUCCAAAAGGUUGACCUGUGGGGAGAUUUCAACACUGGUGAAAGCUUGGAGACACUAUGCAACAUCACAGGAGAGAUGGACAUUCCUGUUCUCAUGAUUAGAAAGUGUGAUGCAGGACUGUUUGAUAGUUUGGAACCUGCCUGUAUUGACUACAUGGUCACAAUGCCACUUAAUACUCUCCUGAGCUCCAAGGCUUGCAACAAGCUGGCAUCUAUACUGGAUUUUCCUAUUGGAUACAAGGCCUAUUUUCAAUGGGUGCAUACAGGUGGCCACAACACCUCACCUUACACCAGAGAAUCCAUUAUUGGUUGCAUCCCCAUCUCAUCCCAUCCAAAGCUGAUUGCAUAUUCAAACAACAUGAUCAGUCAUCUAUUUUGGGGAGGAAAGAAGGUGGGCACACCUGUUCUCUGGAUGUGGGUUCUGUACUUUGUCAUCCAAGAGCACAAGGCUUGUGAAUACCUCAGGUCAAGUCACCAGGACUUCAUCAAGGUCUUUCAGAAGGUCAUUGUCAAGAGAAGUUGUGAAGAAAUGACUAGACUAGGGAUGUCUGGCUUGGGAAACUUCCCUGCUACUCCAGUUCCUGUUAGUGUUGCUUGCUGGUAUGCUGUCAGAGGGUCAUCCCUAAUAUUUGCAGAAAAGAAGGUUCAACGUACUCAAGAGCGGCUUCUUCAGUUCAGCUCAAAGGAUGUGGAGCAAAGGGUGAAGAAUCUGAACCUGCUGAAGGUAAUUUUCAAUGCAGCCAAGUUUAACCUGGAAUAUGCAACAAAGCUGGUUCUGGCUGCUUCUCAUGAAACUCACCAGCUGACAAUGAAUGAUUCAUUCUAUUCUGUCAGCACUGAUGAAAACAGAUUCAUUGUGUAUGACACUUUGCUUUCACCAGAGAAGUCACCAGAUCCACACUUACCUAAGGUAUUUGCAGAUGCUCAACUCAGUUUGCAGCUCUUUCAAGGCUAUGUGAAGCCAGCAAUCACUGGGCCAGUCCCAUUUGCCAAGUUCACCAGGAUUCCCUUGCCAAUAAAUCUGCCAGCACUCCAGCCAGUAACAGAGAUUCAAGGAGGGCAAUACAGUUAUAUUAAGACACCAAGAGGAGAAUAUAUCUUUGCAGACUCAGCAAUUUGUCCAGCAACAAUGAGAUGUUACUCACAAGACCCAGUCAGUGGAAAGCCCUGGGAGCAGGCUGCUCAACAGACCAUGGGCCCCCUUGCCACCCAGGUGUCUGGUUAUAAUUAUUACUUGAGAACCUGCUGCAAGGCUUUCAAGCACUUAUCACAGACUGAGAAGGAAUCUGGGAUUGACUCUUUUGGAAAGCCCAUAAAGUUUCCAGAUGUGAAUCAAUUCUUGCUGGUAGCUGAGAAGGGGCAAGUCAAGAAGGGCUUCCACACUUUGCCUCAAGGGUGUCACAAGCAAUUUGAGAAGAUUGCUGAAAAGUUUUUUGGGGCCAGGGAAAAGUAUAAGGAGGUCACAGGGACAGAAGUCACUCCCAAGGUUUUCCUUCAAAUCAUCCAAAGUGGAUGGAACAAGAGCACCAGG